GAUAAAGAAAAGAAUUUGAGGAUGAAAGUUAAAAGAAUGCGAAAGAUUGAGAGCCGAAAGAAAGGAAAGGCGGCCUGAGAAAGUAGGAGACGGAGACAUUCACCGACGAAACAACGGCGGAAAUGCACAAUUAUCCGACUGCCAAAUUGUCUAUCAAUCCUCUACUCAGGACCCAACUCCCGCGCCCUCUCUCUUCCUCCUCCUCUUCUUCCCUCCAUGGCUACAUUUCCAACAGCUCAUGCCUUCAGACUCUUCUCAAGAGGGGGUUCCACCCAACCGUCGAACACCUCAACCGCCACCUGCUCUUCCUGUCGGAGUCUCACAGGUUCAACUCUGUCAUCCACUUCUUCCCUCAGCUCGAGUCGAACAACAUCAAACCCAACUCGUAUUCUCACUCUUUUCUUGCGCGGGCCCUCCUCAACCUCCGGAGAUUUGAUGAAGCAGAGCAUUUGAUGAGGAAAGCUCCCAACUUUGCGAGGAGCUCCAUGUGGGACUCGCUAAUUCAGGGCUACUGUGUCCACCAAAGAGACCCGGAAAAGGGUUUCUCAGUUUUGCUGGAUUGCUUCGGGAAAGAUGGUAUAUUGCCUUCUUCUUACACAUUCUGUUCGUUGAUUCAUAGUUUCAGCUCACUGGGGAUGAUGGGAAGGGCCAUUGAGGUGUUGGAGUUGAUGAGUGAUGAGAAGGUCAAGUACCCUUUUGGGAAUUUUGUGUGCAGUAGUGUGAUUUCUGGGUUUUGCAAGAUUGGGAAGCCAGAAAUUGGGGUUGAUUUUUUCUACGAGGCCAAGCAUGCAGGGGCUUUGAGGCCUAAUUUAGUCAGUUAUACUGCCCUUGUUGAUGCUCUUUGUCAGUCAGGUAGAGAGUAUGAGGUUUGCGAUUUGGUCAAUGAGAUGGAAAAGGAGGGGUUAGGAUUUGAUGUUGUGUUCUUCACUUGUUGGAUUUGUGGAUAUAUUAGAGAAGGAGACUUGGUUGAAGCAUUUCUGAAGCAUAAGCUAAUGUCAGACAAACGUAUAACUGGCGACGUGAUUAGUUACACAACACUAAUAGAUGGCUUCUCAAAGGAAUGGAGUGUUGAAAAGGCUGGUGGGGUCUUGGCAAAGAUGAGAAAGGAAGGACUAAAACCCAAUUUAAUCACUUACACUGCAGUUAUCUUGGGAUUUUGUAGGAAAGGGAAAUUAGAAGAAGCAGUCACACUCUUUAGGAGAAUUGAAGAUAUGGGAAUUGUAUUGGACGAAUUCCUCUAUGCAACCCUGAUUUAUGGGGCAUGUAAGAAAGGAGAUUACGAUUUUGUUUUCGAUUUGCUUGAUGAAAUGGAGAAAAAGGGGAUCAGUCCUGGUGUUAUCACAUACAAUAUCGUGAUUAAUGGCCUCUGCAAGGUUGGGAGGACAUCCAAGGCAGAUGAGUUCUCAAAAGGAAUGCUUGGAGAUAUUGUUACUUAUACUACACUGUUGAAUGGCUAUAUUGGAGAAGAGAGUAUUGAGGGAGUAUUAGAGACUAAGAAGAGGUUUGAAGAGACUGGUUUAAGAAUAGACACUGUUAUGUGUAAUAUAUUAAUGAAGGCAUCGUUUCUGGUGGGAAUAUUUGAAGAAGCCUAUGCACUAUACAAGAGAAUGGAAGAUAUUGGUUUAACCCCAAACGCCUUUACAUAUUGUAUUCUAAUUGAUGGGUUUUGCAAGGCAGGUAGAAUUGACCAGGCGCUCGAGAUUUUUGAUGAUUUCAGGAAGGCUUCAAUUCCUUCAGUUGCGUGCUACAAUUGUAUCAUUCAUGGUCUUUGCAAGAAUAGUAUGAUUGGUAUUGCCAUAGAUGUGCUCAUUGAACUUAUUCAAGAAGAUUUGCCCAUAGAUUUGAAGGUUCCUGUAAUGUUGAUCAAAGCAGCAUUUAGAGAAGAAAGUGCAGAGGGAGUCUUGGAUUUUGUCAGUAGAAUUGAGAAAUUACAGCCUCACAUUUAUAGUUUUGUGUGUAACGAAGCUAUCUGCCUUUUGUGCAAGAGAGGCUUUCCCGAUCUUGCACGUGAUGUAUAUGUGAUGAUGAGAUGGAGAAGUUUGGCAGUUACAAGCAAGUCAUACUAUUUGAUCCUAAAAAAGCUAAUUCAUCAUAAAGACCGACAGGCUUAUGUUCACCCUCUUUUAGGCAUGUUUGUUAGAGAUCACGGGAUUGUUGACCCUGGAGUUGGGAAGAUAGUUGUACUCUACUCAUGCAUGACAGAUACAAAUAUGGGACUCCAGUUUCUCGACAAAAUGAAGAAAGAAAACCUAGUUCUGACUUUGCCUUUUGCUGUCUUUGAAAAACUUGUUGAUGAUGGUAGGGCUUUAGAUGCUUAUAAACUGGUUAUCGAUGCUAAGGAUGAUUAUCUAUCCAAUAUGGAUGUAGUUGAUUAUACAAUCAUUAUAGGUGGCUUGUGCAAGGGAGGUUAUAUUAAUGAAGCAUUAGAUCUCUGCAGUUUUGCGAGGAAGAAGGGAACUGCCCUCAAUAUCAUUUCUUACAAUAUGAUCAUUAAGGGCUUGUGCCGCCACGGUCGAUUAAUCGAAGCUUUCCGACUGUAUGAUUCAUUGGAGAGAAUCGGUUUGGUUCCCUCAGAGAUCACAUAUGCUACAUUGAUCGAUGUCUUGUGCAAAGAGAGGCUAAUGCUGGAGGCUGAUAAGCUAUUUCAGGCAAUGGUCCUUAGGGGAAAUGAACCAGGAAUUCAUGUCUACAACUCAUUCAUUGACGGAUACUGUAAGAUCGGUCAACUGGAAGAUGCUCUCAAGACUCUCGAGAAGGUGGAGCUAAAGGGGCUAGAGCUUGAUGGAUUCACCGUUAGUGCAUUGAUUAACGGGUAUUGCCUUAAAGGUGACAUGGAAGGUGCUCUUGGGUUUUUCUGUGAGUUCAAGAACAGAUGCGUCUUGCCUGAUUUCUUGGGCUUUUUGAAUCUUGUGAGGGGCCUGAGCACUAAGGGAAGAAUAGAUGAAGCGAGGAGUGUGUUGAGAGAGAUGCUUCGCUCUCAGUCGGUAGCUGGGCUCAUAAGUAAAGUGGAAGAUUCUGAUAUUGGAGAUGAUUCUGUGUACAAUUUUCUUGUAGGUUUAUGCGAGCAGGGAAGUGUUAAAGAAGCCAUAAUCGUGCUCAACGAGAUCGCAUCCAUGUAUUUUCCUGCCUCGAGGUUCCAAGGGGAUGAGUAUCAAUUACGCGAACAUAAUGAGUCUCAUGAGGAGGAAAUCGGGACUGCUGAAGAAACAGAGGAUAUGAUGAAUAAUGAGACGAGAGAAUUUAAGUUUCCUCAUGACUUUGACUGCUUUUACUCUCAAGUGGCCAAGCUUUGUUCGACAGGGGAGACUCAAAUGGCUAAUUCGAUUCUGAAAAGUAUAAUAGGGUGAACUCUAGCACAAUAUGAAGUGCACUACCUCAUUCCAGUUUCUACAGUUCUUGCCCAGUGGACCACCUUUUUAACUGAUUCAGUUGCCAACUACAGGUGACGCUGCGGAGGCAAUUGAUGGCCAUAUGUCUGAAAAGAUUAUGCAGUUGAAGAAACAAAUUGCAGCACUUGGAAAAUGUGAUACGGAUUUCUGAGCUCCGGAGGGCUUGCUGUGAGCUUUCUGGCAUCAAGGUUGGACAUGAAUUAGUUUGCCAAUUCCUACCUUCUAUGAUACAAAGAUGGACAUUUUUCCUCAAGAGUGAAGUCCGUAGCUUGUAUUUGCUGAAGGACAUGCCUCACCACCUGCUCAAGAAAUGCUUACCUUUAACAAAUCUAGUAGUGAGAUGCUGAGCUAAUUUGGUGCUGACUAAAACCCGUCCUCUGUCGGAGAGGAUAAGGUAUGCAGUUCUUGAUAGGGAUUGCCGACUUAGUUGUAUUGUUAUGCAUGAGCACCAUCAUCUCCUGGCAAUGCGAUGCAUGCUUCAAUCUACUCAAGCACAAAAUGAUGUGGAGAAGCUCGAGUUUUGAACAUGAAUCACGGAACACGGCAACCCUGGCAAACUCUUACAGCUCUCAGCCAGGCAUAUUCUGGCUUUCUUCCACCCUUUGGAAACAAAGAUACAAUGUUUAGGAUAAGAGACCAAUCUGGACUGGAGAUUAUAUCCCAGCAAGUGAAGUUUUCGGUUCAAAGUCCCCUCCAAAAGGGCCAACCUUACCGAGCUUACAAUUAGAGACUUCGACAUGUUUAUUAUGGGUGUGGUAAAUACGGUCACGUACGGGUAGUUUAUCGAUGGGGAGUCGGUCCCACAAAUACCUAAUAUUGUAGUUGGGACUUGGGAGGACAUGGAUUAUGUGAUCAUUAAAUUGCAACAAGCUACCAUGCAAUUUGACUAAUGGUGGGUGCUUUAUUAUUUAUUUAUUGCAUCUUGUCAAUGCAUUGAUUGCCUGUUAUAAAUGCCCAGUCCUAUCUUCCAUCUU